CGUGCUGGGCUCGGCGCCAACACUUCUGGCGCGCGCGUUACCGGGGCCCUCCUUGCCCCUGACCCGAGGAUCCUUGGGUUCCGCCCGGUUCCCUCUCGGGAUCCCCCGGGCGUCCUCGUGAGAGCGGCCCGCGUGGGUGACGGCCGGCCGGUGGGCGCGGCCGGGCCUCGGGUAGAGGCCGCCUCAGGAGCGGGGCCCGCGAGCGCGCAGGAAUGAACACAGAAGCAGAACAGCAGCUUCUCCAUCAUGCCAGAAAUGGCAAUGCUGAAGAGGUGCGAAGGCUGCUGGAAGCCAUGGCACGGAUGGAAGUGGCCGCUGACAUUGACUGUAAAGGAAGAAGUAAGUCUAACUUGGGCUGGACACCUCUUCACCUGGCAUGCUAUUUUGGACACAAACAAGUGGUGGAGGAUCUGUUGAAGGCUGGUGCAAAAGUGAACAUGUUAAACGACAUGGGUGACACGCCGCUGCAUCGAGCCGCCUUCACGGGACGGAAGGAGCUGGUACUGCUUCUUUUAGAAUACAAUGCUGACACGACAGUUGUAAAUGGAAGUGGACAGACAGCAAGAGAAGCCACCCAUGACAAAGAAAUCAGAAACAUGCUUGAAGCUGUGGAAAGGACUCAACAAAGAAAGCUUGAAGAAUUGCUCUUAGGAGCAGCCAGAGAAGGAAGAACAGCUGAACUCUCAGCUCUGCUCAGCAGGCCCAAUCCUCCUGACGUGAACUGCUCAGAUCAGUUAGGAAAUACUCCCUUGCACUGUGCGGCUUACCGGGGCCACAAGCAGUGUGUCCUGAAGCUUCUGAGAAGUGGAGCUGACCCCAGCCUGAAGAACAAGAACGAUCAGAAACCUCUUGACCUUGCCCAUGGUGCUGAGAUGAAACAUAUUCUUGUUGGCCAUAAGCAGGUUGUCCACAAAGCACUGAAACGCUAUGAAGGCCCUCUCUGGAAGAGUUCAAGAUUUUUUGGCUGGAAGUUAUUCUGGGUAGUGUUAGAACACGGAGUCCUUUCCUGGUAUAGGAAACAGCCUGAUGCGGUCCAUAAUUCUUACCGCCAAGGAUGCAAACACCUGACUCAAGCGGUGUGCACGGUGAAGCCUACAGAUAGCUGCCUCUUCUCUAUUCGAUGCUUCGAUGACACUGUUCAUGGCUUCAGGGUUCCUAAGAACAGCCUACAGCAAUCAAGAGAGAAGUGGCUGGAAGCAAUUGAAGAGCACUCGGCAUACAGCACUCACUACUGUUCCCAGGAUCAAGUGACUGACGAGGAAGAGGAAGAUGUGGUUUCCACCAUGGACCUGAAGGAGUCCUUAGCGAGAGCACAAACAUGUCAACAGAGACUAGAUAGGGAAAUUUACAACUUUCUCAAAAUGAUUAAGGAGUGUGAUAUGGCCAAAGAUAUGCUUCCAUCAUUUCUUCAGAAAGCUGAUGUUGUCUCCGAAGCUUCUAGAGAGACUUGUGUGGCGUUGAGUGACUGUCUUAAUCUCUUCACUAAACAGGAAGGGGUGAGGAAUUUUAAAUUGGAACAGGAGCAAGAAAAAAACAAAAUUUUGUCAGAAGCACUGGAGACUUUAGCCACUGAGCAUCAUGAACUAGAACGAUCCCUGGUUGAAGGAUCCCCGCCUGUCAGCAUCCUUAGUGAGGACGAGUUCUAUGAUGCACUGUCAGGUUCCGAGUCCGAGGGGUCACUGACUUGCCUGGAAGCUGUGACAGCACACUCCUGUGAAGAGAACGAAGUGCCUGUAAGCAGUGGAAGACACAGAAUGUCUGAAGGAAAAGACUGUGGUGGGGGAGAUGCGCUCUCCAAUGGCAUCAAAAAGCACAGAACAAGCCUGCCGUCACCUAUGUUCUCCAGAAAUGACUUCAGCAUCUGGAGCAUCCUCAGGAAGUGCAUUGGGAUGGAACUGUCCAAGAUCACGAUGCCAGUCAUAUUUAAUGAGCCUCUGAGCUUCCUGCAGCGGCUAACUGAAUACAUGGAGCACACAUACCUCAUCCACAAAGCCAGUUCAUUUUCCGAUCCUGUGGAAAGGAUGCAGUGUGUGGCUGCAUUUGCUGUAUCUGCUGUCGCUUCUCAGUGGGAGCGCACUGGAAAGCCCUUCAACCCACUUCUGGGGGAGACUUACGAAUUAGUUCGAGAUGAUCUUGGAUUUAGGCUCAUCUCAGAGCAGGUCAGCCAUCACCCCCCAAUCAGUGCAUUCCAUGCAGAAGGACUCAACAAUGACUUCAUCUUCCAUGGCUCAAUUUACCCCAAACUGAAGUUCUGGGGCAAGAGUGUAGAAGCAGAACCUAAAGGAACCAUCACCCUGGAGCUUUUAGAACACAAUGAAGCAUACACAUGGACAAACCCCACCUGUUGUGUGCAUAACAUCAUCGUGGGCAAACUCUGGAUUGAACAGUAUGGCAAUGUGGAAAUCAUAAACCACAAGACUGGGGACAAGUGUGUGCUGAAUUUUAAACCAUGUGGUCUUUUUGGCAAGGAAUUACACAAAGUGGAAGGCUACAUACAAGAUAAAAGCAAAAAGAAACUCUGUGCUCUCUACGGGAAGUGGACGGAGUGCUUGUACAGCGUAGACCCUGCCACUUUUGAUGCUUACAAAAAAAAUGAUAAGAAAAACACAGAAGAGAAGAAGAACAGCAAACAGACAAGCUCAUCUGAGGAGUCUGAUGAAAUGCCAGUGCCAGAUUCUGAGAGCGUAUUCAUUAUCCCUGGAAGUGUGCUCCUGUGGCGGAUAGCCCCUCGGCCUCCCAAUUCUGCUCAGAUGUAUAACUUUACCAGCUUUGCCAUGGUUUUGAAUGAAGUAGACAAGGAGAUGGAGAGUGUGAUUCCCAAGACUGACUGCAGGCUGCGACCUGACAUCAGAGCCAUGGAGAACGGAGAGAUAGAUCAAGCUAGUGAAGAAAAAAAACGACUUGAGGAAAAACAAAGAGCAGCCCGAAAAAACAGGUCCAAGUCAGAAGAGGACUGGAAGACAAGGUGGUUCCAUCAAGGUCCUAACCCCUACAGUGGAGCACAGGACUGGAUUUAUUCUGGCAGCUACUGGGACAGAAACUACUUCAAUUUGCCUGAUAUUUAUUAAAGUGCAGAGAAGUCAAGGUGUUUGCUAAUCUAAAUAAGUCUUAAGCUUAAGUGUUUAAUUUUUUUCCCCUUGGUUUCUACUUCUCUAUAAUUUGCGUUUCACCCAAUAAGGCAAGGCAUGUGGUCACACUGGGGAUGACCUGAAGAGGAGAGGAGUUGUCUGGGAGCACUGCUCAGGGGAAAUGGGAAGCUGUUGGGGUGCAGUUCCUAUCCUCACAUUGCUGGAGAUAGAAACCUAGUGUAAUAUUCUAUGGGAUUCUAUAGUGAUCCAAAAAUCAAGUUAUUUUGAAUAUUUUUAUGCUAGAAUGCUUGAGUAUUUUAGGUGUAGCUUUGAAAUGUUUAGAAUUCUCCUGUACAAUGUUACAUGCUCAAAUGUAGAUUAUCAUUUUACAAAAAACUAAGUUGGUAAGAUGUCCUUUUAGGGAAAUUAAUCCUCUCAAUUUUACUUUCCCACCUCCCCUGAGAAUUCCUGAUUUGAAGUCUAAACUGGAACAGGUAUUUAUGAAUUUACGUUCACAUCUUGUGAUCACUGUCAUUAGACUUUACUUGUAUGUUUGAACUGAAAAUCAUAAAAAUGCC